AUGAAACGAGCGACGUGUAAUUCCCCCUUUCCCCCUUCCUGCCUUGCGGCCGCUGAAGAAGUGGCUCGCUUUGACGGUACGGGAAACCACUGCUGCGACAAAGACCAUUUCAAAAUCGACAUCAGCCAAGGUGCACUGAACAAGUGGAAUAAAUCAGCCUCCAUGGUUUUCGCCCGCGCCUUCGUGGACUCGGGACGAUUCGAUUGCGAAAACGUCGAAGAAGUGGCUGCCGCAUUCACAACUCACGUUCGAACCCUGCGCAAGAACUAUCGCGAGCAACAGCUCUCCGCGGAUGCCCGGCAUCAAUUGCAGAGCAAGGCUAAUCGGGAACAGCGGAAGAUCACGGUAUGUGUCGCGCCACCACUCUUUUUCCGGCGUCGGCAUGUUGCUAUGAAGUAUCCACAGCUAGCCCCACACCUCCCAAUGCUCGAGCAACUCGGAGUCGAUGGGAUGAGUUCCGAUGAGUCUGAUAGCCAGAAUGGGGUCAAGUACUAUCGUAUCCUGAGGAAGUCUUGGCGCCCUGAGCGAGUGACACUUUGGGUGCGUGGUUUCGACGCCGUCGAGGCCAUUUCCAGGCCUUCCAAUGCGCGGGGAAAUCAGCCUCGUAAGCGCAUGCAAAGCACGAAGGUCGACGACAGCCGCGAUGCAGUGAAGGGCUUACCUCGUAAUGCAUACGAUGCCACAUGGUAUGCAAAGCUUGGCGACUUCGCUAGAGAAGAUCUUUGUCGGAGCGAGGAGACGUAUUCAUUCGACCACUGUCCAGCAGUUUGGCGGUAUGUUCUUCUCCUUCUCGCCACCCGCAUAUGA